UUGCACUCCCCCAUCAGCUCCCCCUUCCCCCUUAUCAGCUCCAUGGGCCCCCACACACACCCCGGCAACAGUGUGGCCUUCAGCCCGCAGAUGAAUUGUCCCAUGAGUGCGAUGAGCAGCUCUGAGGACAUCAAGCCGCCGCUGGGCAUUAACGGCAUCAUGAGGAGCCCCAGCCAGACGCCCUGCUCCUUCUCCGUCUCGCUCUCCAAACACAUCUGCGCCAUCUGCGGAGACCGCUCCUCAGGUAAACACUACGGAGUGUACAGCUGUGAAGGCUGCAAGGGCUUCUUUAAGCGGACAGUGCGUAAGGACCUGAGCUACACGUGUCGUGACAGCAAGAACUGCCCCAUCGACAAGCGCCAACGCAACCGCUGCCAGUACUGCCGCUACCACAAGUGCCUGUCCAUGGGCAUGAAGAGAGAAGCGGUGCAGGAGGAGCGUCAGCGGGGGAGAGAGCGGAGUGAUGGAGAGGCGGAGUCGAGCGGGGGGGUGAAUGAGGAGAUGCCGGUGGAGAAGAUUCUAGAAGCUGAGACACACACCUACACAGAGGGCAGCCCUGGAACUCCUUCAACAUCGCCCAAUGACCCAGUGACAAACAUCUGCCAGGCGGCCGACAAGCAGCUGUUCACCCUGGUGGAGUGGGCCAAGAGGAUCCCGCACUUCUCUGAGCUGCCCCUGGACGACCAGGUCAUCCUCCUCAGAGCAGGGUGGAAUGAGCUUCUGAUCGCCUCUUUCUCGCACCGCUCCAUCUCGGUGAAGGACGGCAUCCUGCUGGCCACUGGGCUGCACGUCCACAGGAACAGUGCCCACAGCGCGGGCGUGGGCGCCAUCUUCGACCGGGUGUUGACAGAGCUCGUGUCUAAGAUGCGUGACAUGCAGAUGGACAAAUCAGAGCUGGGCUGCCUAAGAGCUAUUGUCCUCUUUAACCCAGAUUCGAAAGGCCUGUCGAACGCGGCCGAGGUGGAGGUCCUGAGAGAGAGGGUCUACGCUUCCCUGGAGGCGUACUGCAAGCACAAGUACCCGGAGCAACCCGGGAGGUUUGCGAAGCUCCUGCUGCGUCUGCCGGCCCUGCGCUCUAUUGGGCUCAAGUGUCUGGAGCACCUGUUCUUCUUCAAGCUCAUCGGAGACACGCCCAUCGACACCUUCCUCAUGGAGCUGCUGGAAACCCCGCACCAGAUGACGUAAUGGACGUCACACACACAGACACACACACACAGUGAUCGGCGUCCCACGGGGAGGAAUGUCGCCGCUUCACCUCAAGAAGACUUUUGUGCCACUCUCAGAAAGCCAUUGUGCUCUCUCUCUCUCAUAGUGUCAUUUCCUGUCUCUCUGUCUCUCUCUCUCUCUCUCUCUCUCAUA